GCCCUGCUGGCGGUGCUGUUGGCGCCGUGGAGGCUGUGGGUGGUCAAAGGUUUCCAAGAGUGCACCUGGCAGGUUGUCCUGAACGAAUUUCGGAAAAUAGGCAAGGAUGACGCGAGUGACCGCUUCAUUGAUCAAAAGCCUGUGGACACAGUGGGCAGCGUGUUUCAAAUGCUGGUGGACUCACCCAUCGACCCAGGCGAGAAAUACCUGGGCUUCCCUUACUUCCUGAAGAUUAACUACUCCUGCGAGGGAAAACCCUCCGAGGACCUGGUCCGCAAGGGCCACCUGACGGGGCUCAAGCCCCUGGUCCUGGUCACCUUCCAGUCCCCAGUCAACUUCCACCGCUGGAAGAUAGAGCAGUUGCAGAUCCGAAUGGAGGCCGCUCCCUUCCGCAGCACAGGGCUGUGCAUGGCGGAGGAGCUGUGUGUGAUGAGCUGGUACACACCCAUGCCUAUCAAGAACGGCAGCGCAGUCAUGGAUGUGGGUGUCAGCAGCAAUGGCCUGGGGGCCUUCAUUCCAGAUGAAAGGUUCCAGGUGAAUAUCAACGGCUUCCUGAAGAGACAGCAAGACAACACAGUCAAGUUCACCGUAGGAAAUGAG